AUGCUCCAAGUCCUCUUUGCUCUGCUGCCUCUGGCAGCUGCAGCCCUCGACUGCGGGGUUCCUGCCUUCCCACCCACUGUGUCGAGGGUUGUUGGAGGGGAAAAUGCAAGACCCUUCAGCUGGCCCUGGCAGGCCUCCCUUCAAUACAGCUCAAAUGGCAAAUGGCAUCAUACCUGUGGAGGAUCCCUCAUUGCAACCAACUGGGUGCUGACAGCUGCACACUGCAUCAGUUCUUCUAAGAAAUAUCAAGUUUUGCUUGGAAAAUACAACCUGGCAGCUGUGGAAGAAGGAUCACUUGCACUCUCUCCAGAAAAAAUCAUUGUCAACGAGAACUGGGAUCCAGAGAAUAUUGCAAAUGGGAAUGACAUUGCCAUGAUCAAACUCCCUGAGCACGUCCCCCUGAGCGACCACAUCCAGCCAGGCUGCCUGCCCCCUGCCCAGAGCAUCCUGCCUGCCAACACUUCCUGCUACGUCACGGGCUGGGGCAGGCUGCAGACAAAUGGACCUCUCCCAGAUGACCUGCAGCAAGGCCGGCUGCUGGUGGUGGAUUAUGCCACUUGCUCCCAGCCCAGCUGGUGGGGAAGCAUUGUGAAACCCACCAUGAUCUGUGCUGGUGGGGAUGGAGUCAUCUCCAGCUGCAACGGGGACUCUGGUGGCCCUCUGAACUGCCAAGGGGCUGGUGGCCGCUGGGAGGUGCAUGGCAUCGUCAGCUUCGGCUCUUCCCUGGGCUGCAACUACUACCACAAACCUUCUGUCUUCACUCGGGUCUCUGCCUUCGACAGCUGGAUCCAGCAGGUGAGGCUCUGGCUCUUCCUGAUGGGGAAAACAAGUCCCUUUGUUAUGGCCACCAACUAA